AUGGUGUUGAAAAAGUGUACCAUUUGUGAUCGCCGGUUCAAGAAGACGGAGCAUUUCAAGCGCCAUGAACGGUCGCAUACGAACGAGCGUCCGUACGAGUGCAAUGUCUGCCAUAAACGGUUUUCGCGGAGUGAUGUCCUGAGCCGCCAUGCCAAAGGGCAUAAUCCUCAAAACGCAAAUGUACCGGGAAGGAAACCCUCCGCAACUUCUGACCGCCGCCCCUCGACCAUUACCGGAACCUCGUCCACCAUUGCUCUGGAUGAUAAUGGUCAACAAUUACCCCAUAGCAAACCGGUGGAAGGUGCAAGUCAGUUUGCGAAUGCAGCGGUUACGCCCCAGGGACUACCUCCUCUAUCAGCGGCAAUAGCCAUCCCGCCUUCACCCCUUGACUUUCUAACAGAUAUCUCGACUCAUCAACAUGCGCGUACCGAGUCAGACUCCAAUCCAAUGAUGGUGGAUAACAGACAAGCUUAUAUUCCUUGGAAUGGGGAAACACCGGCCGGACAGCACACCCACAAUGAAGCCAUGUUUGGCACCAUGCCCAAUGAUAUCAUGCAGCUGUGGUUGGAACCACGUGGGGAUGCAAGUUCCCAGCAUGGCUCAUUAGAUCUAAUGCAGGACCCUAAUCCCGGUCUUUUUGAGAAUAACUUCUCGCUAUAUCCCGACCGUCAAUACAAACCGUCCGUCGACACCGUCAAUUUCGAAGAUAUCCCCAAUGAGCGCUUUGCUAAAGUGCAACGCUUUUGGCUUGCACCAUCCAAUGCAGGGAGACGGCCGAUGAAUAGUUUGUGGAGGGACGUGGCUUGCAGCGAUCUGGAAAACAUAUUUACAACGCCUACUGUAAACCUGCUCGAUGAUCACUCUGAUAGACUCCAAGGCUCGCGGUAUGGGUUGGAUGAGCAGUGCAAACAGCGUCUUCAGGCGGCUUUUGGCCAAUUGCCCACUCGGGUGCAUCCAAACAAUCCUCUCUCGUCAACAUCUUUGGAUUCUACUCUGCGCUCCCUCCCAUGCUUUCCUCCCGCAGAAGUCUUGGACAUGGCGCUCGAUCUUUACUUCCGCAACUUUCACCCGCUCAUGCCGUUCGUUCAUAUCCCUACAUUCUCAGCCAAAAAAACACGACUUCCGCCACUCUAUGUAAUGUGCCUUAUUGGCAUGAUAAUGCUGGACACGAGAGGAACGACAAACUUUGUGAUCAAGAAUUUCCCCUUCGUCCUUGGGAGAAUAACAGCGGAACUGGGAAGAUGCUCUAGUGGAUUCGAGUCCCCGUUGGAAACGAUUUCUACAUAUGCGACUGCUCUUCUUUUCCUUAAUCUUGCUGCAAUGACCGGAGAAAAGGAACACCUCGAACAAUGCCAGAUCCUAUACGUCAAUCUACUCUCUAUAGCACAGAGGGACGGGUUUUUUUCAGCAACCGAGGGCCAGAUCUUGGAUACGAGUCUGUUUGAGUCGAUCGUCGACAUGGAUACCCGGUGGAAAGCUUGGAGUAAAGUGGAAUCCACGAAGCGGUUGAUCAUGGGGCUGUUGACUCUGGACUCUUGGUAUUCUUCAUUUUUGAAUACGAGUCCCAUUGUUGUCCCAGAUUCAAUCCAGUUCAUUCUCCCAUGCAAUGAAGCGCUUUUCCAGGCAUACAACCCGACGCGCUGGAUACAGCUAGUUCAAAGUGGAAAACGGAUAUUGGCGCCGACAGUGAUGGCUCCAUCAGAGGUUAUUAAUCUUCCAACAUUUGACAGCCCCAUUGAAGAUUUCAGUAUGCAUGGCAUACUGGCCACAAUCCAGCUACGAAUUUCAGGCGCUUAUCAUCGCCUCCUAUCCAAUCGGGCUAGCUACCCAUUUGCACCCUGCCACACAUACGCAAUGGACGGUCGAGCCAGGUGCUUGCCCUCCCUGCAGCUUCAGGCUGUGCGCAAAUACGGCGAAGCACUGGAACAACUAAAUCCCAACGCUGCUGUUAUGUGGCACAACAUGUGCAUGAUGCUCACCGCAGAUAUCCAAAUAUUCCACAUGGCUGCAGGCCGUGCAGGUCCAGGCCCAGCCCGCCAGGCACUCGACGAUAUCGCCGCUUGGUCGCAAACACCAGCAGCCCGGAGAGCAUGUUUACAUGCAGCACAUGUUUACAAAGCGAUGAUCAAUCGCAAAGCAUCAGAUCAUACCACCUUUCAUACGGUCUUCUCCCUCUUCUCAGCCGCCCUUGUCCUGGGCUUGUAUACAUUCAUGGUGCCCAAUUCGCCCGAGUCAUCACACGGAACCACAUCAAUCGAGUUGCUGGAUGACAUCGAUUGGCAAAAGGUGGGGACGGAGGGGUUCACCAGCUACAUGGAACCGCGAGGCAGCUUGGCAGUCUCAGCUACUGAUGAUCCUGCGGUAAGCUUCAUCCAGAACGGGGGCACAGUAUACCUUCGCGGGAUACCCUUCCAAGGCGGGUAUCAGUCCGCUCGACGCAUUCUGCUGGACUAUGCUGGUCUUUUGAAAGAUACGGGGAAGUGGAGCGUGCGAAAGUUUUCGUAUGUACUUCAUAUCAUGAGUGACGUUCUUAUGGAUGUUGAAUGA